AUGGCCGACGUCCAGGAGCGCCUCAAGAAGCUUGGCCUGGGAGCCCGAACUGGUGAUGGAAAGGGAACUCCCCGGAGAAAGGUCAAGCGCGCACCCGCCCGGUCCGGCGCCGACGACAAGAAGCUUCAACAGACGCUUAAGAAGCUCAACACGCAGCCCAUCCAGGCCAUUGAGGAGGUCAACAUGUUCAAGUCUGAUGGCAACGUGAUCCACUUUGCUGCUCCCAAGGUCCACGCCGCCGUUCCCGCCAACACGUUCGCCAUCUAUGGCAACGGUGAGGACAAAGAGCUCACCGAGCUUGUCCCCGGCAUCCUGAACCAGCUCGGCCCCGACUCGCUGGCCUCGCUCCGCAAGCUUGCCGAGAGCUACCAGAACAUGCAGAAGGGCGAGAAGGGCGACGAUGACGACGAGAUUCCCGACUUGGUCGAGGGCGAGAACUUUGAGAGCAAGGUCGAAUAA